CUUCUAUUUCCUACUUUAAAAUUAGCUCUACGCUCUUAUUAUUGUUAUUACCAUUAUUACUUUUUUCUUUUGACCAAAAAAAAAAAAAAAAGAUAGAUUAAAUGGCAGGAGAAAAUUAUAUUGGUUCAAAGAUUUCACUCAUCAGUUUGAGCGACAUUCGUUAUGUUGGUAUUCUUCAUAGCAUUAAUGCUAAUGACUCUACUGUAGGAUUAAAGCAAGUUCGUUCUUAUGGUACUGAGGGACGUCGUGAGAGACCCGAGGAAGAGAUUUUGCCCUCGGAUAAUGUAUUUGACUAUGUUGUUUUUCGUGGAUCAGACAUUAAGGAUCUUCAAGUCUUUGAAGCCCCUCCUAAACCUACCCCUCCUCAACCUGUUAUGCCCCAAGACCCAGCUAUUAUGAGUAUGAGUAAUUAUCCCCCUGUAAAUCCUUAUAUGAAUAAUAACUUAUACAUGCAACCUCCUCAACAGCCGCCUCGAAUGCAACCAGCUCCUUUAAAUAACACGAAUCAAACGCCAAAUUACUGGCAGCCUACUUUCCCUACUGAGCCUAAUGCUGUCCUUAAGCAAACACAACAAGUUGAAAAGGAUCCUUUAGAUGAACUCAAGGCAGAACUUGAAGAAACAGAUGCCUUACAACCUACCAUCAAUGAAGCUGCUAUUGAACAAUUAGCAAAGAAAGUAAGCGAAUUAAAUCCUAGUGAGGAUAAAGUAGUCAAGACAUUGGAUGAGCAACCUCAACAAAAACAACAAGAACAGCCACAACAACAAAAUCGUCGACGUUAUGAAAAUUAUCGUAAUAAUAACCGCAAUUAUGGCCGAUAUAAUGGAACGUACAAUAAUAAUAAAAAUAGAAAUGAUUUCACUAUUCCUAACUCAGAGUUUGAUUUUGAAGCAAGUAAUGCAAAGUUUGAUAAGAAUGAAAUUGUUAAAAAGGAUAAUGAAGAUGAUGAAGAAGCCGAAAUUGAAAUUCCUCCAUCUGAUGAAUUUUAUGACAAGAGCUCAAGCUUCUUUGAUAACAUCUCUUGCGAGUCAAAGGAACGUAGUGAGCAGCAACAGAAUCCAAAGUAAGUUAUGAUAACAGACUUAAAACAAGGAUAAACUAAUUAAUAUUAUACAGUGAAACACGUCGUAAUCGCUUCCAAGAAGAACGUAAAUUAAAUUUGGAAACAUUUGGACAAGCUUCUGUUGAUCAAACAAGAUACCGCAAUUAUAGAGGACGUGGUGGAAACUAUCGUGGAAAUCGUAAUAAUGGUUAUUACCGUAAUAAUAAUAAUAAUCGUAAUAAUUAUAAUAGACAACAAACUAAGCCUCAACAGCAACAAGAUAAAUAGAAUAUCAUUUUUAUUAUUUAUCUCUUACACAGUAAUUCUUUCUCCUUUUGACAUGUAAAACUAAACUAAACUAAACAAAAAAAAAA